GUUUUCAAUUUUACUUGUUUUUUUCUGCUAAUACAUCCAACAAAAUUAUUUUUUCAUCACUGAAGUAAGGGCAUUUGUAAUUAUAUUUAAAAAAUUACUUUUAAAGCUUAGGAAAUAUGGUUAAACUUAAAAAUAAUCUUUGUGUAAGCUCGGCCACAUGGCCAUGCUGUAUUUAAAGCAAUCCUAAUUUUUGAGAUUUCAAUGUAUGUCUUUUAAAAUUAAUUUAUAAGUUUGAGUUAUUUACCUUUUAAUCGGUUUAUUAAUGUUUUGUGGCUUCUCUGAAUAUGACUGUGUUAGUCGAAUUUUGAGGUUAUUUAUCCAGUUUCAAUAAACAGCAAAUAAAUCUCAAAAAUGCCACAAAACGAAUACAUCGAGCGUCAUCGCAAACUUCAUGGAAGACGACUCGACUAUGAAGAAAGAAAGCGGAAAAGGGAGGCUCGUGAGCCCCACAAACGGGCUCAAACGGCUCGUAGUCUUCGCGGUAUCAAAGCUAAGAUAUUCAACAAAGAAAGGAGGAAUGAGAAAAUACAGAUGAAAAAGAAAAUUAAAGCACACGAAGAGAAGAAAACUAAAAAAGUCACAGAGAAAGUACAGGAAGGAGCGUUACCAGUCUAUUUGCUUGAUCGUGAUGUACAAUCUAAAGCAAAAGUUUUAUCUAACAUGAUAAAGCAAAAGCGUAAAGAAAAGGCAGGUAAAUGGGAUGUACCUAUACCAAAAGUUCGAGCUCAAGCCGAUGCUGAAGUUCUAAGGGUUGUUAAAAGUGGUAAAACCAAAAGGAAAGCUUGGAAACGAAUGGUAACAAAAGUAACAUUUGUCGGAGAAGGUUUCACUAGAAAACCUCCAAAGUUUGAGAGGUUUAUUCGUCCCAUGGCAUUGAGGUUUAAGAAGGCUCAUGUAACACAUCCAGAACUAAAAGCCACAUUCCAUCUUCCCAUAAUUGGUGUUAAGAAGAACCCAAGUUCACCCAUGUUUACUAGUUUGGGUGUCAUUACAAAGGGUACCGUUAUAGAAGUCAACAUUUCUGAAUUGGGUUUGGUUACACAGGCUGGAAAAGUAGUUUGGGGCAAAUAUGCCCAAGUGACAAAUAAUCCAGAGAAUGAUGGUUGUAUUAAUGCUGUACUUUUAGUUUAGUUUUAAUCCUGUAACUUAUAAUACCUACCUUUGUUUUAAUAUAAACCUUUCUUUUGAUA